CAUGCAUGUGUGUGUGAGUGUGCGCGCGCGCUCGAGUGUUGUCGUGUAUGAGCGCUGCUGACUGUAAGUGCGUCACUCGGGUUUUUCCGCAGGGCGGGACGCUCGCUCGGGUCACUUUCGUUUCGCGGAGGCGCGCGGAAGGAAAGCGGCGUCACGGUGUUUCGAUAAUUCUUCAGAGAAGUCCGCAAACGUCCAGAAGCGAUCGACUGUGACGCGAUCCGGAGUACAGGCCGCGAUGGACGGACUGUAUCAUGCCUGGGCACCGAGCGCAGUAUCUCAAGGUCAUCCGUACGUUGAGAUCAUCGAGCAGCCGAAGGCGCGGGGAAUGCGUUUUCGUUAUAAAUGUGAAGGUCGAUCAGCUGGCAGUAUUCCUGGAGAGAAGAGCAAUGAAACCACCAAAACACAUCCUGCUAUCAAGGUUCAUAACUACAGCGGUCCAAUAAGAGUGAGGAUCUCUUUGGUAACCAAGAAUCAGCCGUAUAAACCUCAUCCUCAUGAACUGGUGGGCAAAGACUGUAAACAUGGAUAUUAUGAGGCAGAUUUACAGGAGAGACGGAUUCACAGUUUCCAGAAUCUGGGUAUUCAGUGCGUUAAGAAGAAGGACGUGGGAGAAGCUGUUUCCUGUCGACUUCAAACACAGAACAACCCAUUUAACAUUCCUGAACCCAAAAUCUGGGAGGAGGAAUAUGACCUGAAUGCAGUUCGCCUGUGUUUCCAGGUCUUCAUCACUAUGCCCAGCGGUGAAUCCUUACUUCUGGAUCCUGUGGUCUCUCAUCCCAUCUAUGACAACCGAGCUCCAAACACAGCUGAGCUGAAGAUCUGCAGGGUUAACAGAAACUCCGGCACCUGUCGAGGGGGAGACGAGAUCUUUUUACUCUGUGAUAAAGUUCAGAAAGAGGACAUCGAGGUGCGUUUUUUUCGUGACUCGUGGGAGAGUAAGGGUUCGUUCUCUCAGGCGGACGUUCACAGACAGGUGGCCAUUGUGUUCCGGACUCCACCGUACCGCGACACCAACCUGACAGAACCGGUGCGUGUGAAAAUGCAGCUCCGCAGGCCGUCCGAUCGAGAGGUCAGUGAGCCCAUGGACUUCCAGUAUCUGCCCGCUGAUCCAGAUGAACAUCGGAUACUGGAAAAGAGGAAGAGGACUGAAGGAAUGCUGCAAAACCUUAAACUCAACAGCAUCAUUUCAGGCUCCUCGAUGCCUAUGGACAGACGCCAGUUCAGCACAGCUAAAAGAUCUCUGCCCGUCUCCAAACCUUCAGCUGCCAUCGGCCUGCUGCCAGCCGCUUCUGGGUCCGUAGGUGCAUCGGUGAAGCCCCAGACGUCCUCGUUCUUCAGUCAGACACCUGGGCAUCUGUUUGCUCAGUCCACUCAGAGCGAACUCAAAGCGGAGCCGUCGACAUCCACGGGUGAUCCUUGGACGUUCCUCAGCACCUUGACGGUGGACCCUCAUCCCAAAGCCGUGCCAGUGAGCGCCGCUCCCACCGCACUCACUCAAGACUUCCCCACCGUUAACCUGUCUGACCUACACGACUUUCCCUUCAGUAACUUCACCGCAAAGUCACAGGAUCAGAAUAACGCCGGAGGCGAUGUCGUCGGGUGCGCAGUUUCUCAAAGCGUGCAGAACUCGUUCGGCGGACCCUUCUUAGAUGACGAGUUUCCGGAGUUCCCGAGCUUCUCGGAAGCGCAAGGCACAGACGUCGAUAACAUUAACAUCGAUGAGAUUCAGGAGCUUCUGGGUCAAAGUGGACUUUCUGCUGAAGGAAUUGGGAAUUCAGUUAUGGGAAAGUCUGCGGGCCACGUCUCCGCAUCCGGCGCGCCGGAUCACUCGGAAAACAACUCCACCUGGAUGACUUUUCCACUGAGCAUCGCUAACCUCAUACGAAACGAGAACAUGAUUGACAGUUCGCCGGCUCCGCCUACUGCGUCCGCCGUGCUCGAGGACCUUGAGGUGAUCAGUUCGAUGGAUGAGGAUCGUCUCAUGUCAAUCUUAAACGGCAACUCCCAAUUGGGAUUUCUGCCUGGACAUCCGAGCUAAAUGUUGAAGCACGUCGUCUUCAUUUUAUACCCUGUCAUGUUCCUCCUCAAUAAUCUUUGUUUUACAGAAGCAUGACGUUAAAAAGUCACAUAACCGAACUGAAAGACUACACCUGCGGUUGUAUCAAGCUUUACAUGGACAGGUAGCUUUUACCUGUUAGAAAUUUUGGGGGGCGGUAAGCGGUCUAUCUUUACUUGGUGCCUUAACAAGUUUAAACUAACUCACCCUUUUAUAUCAAUCUAUACACUAUCACUCCUGACGAUAUUAUGAGAUGAAAGAGUGAAAUGUUUUAGUGCGUGGUGGCGUGCUUGAUUCAAAAACAUUAAAGAUUAAAAGAAUCCUCUUGACAUUCAGACUCAACGCCCACAGUCUGACAAAUACUAAACAGCGCAGCCGAUCACGGUUCUGUUUCAUAGAAAAUUCUUUUGCACUAUUGCCAAACAUAUAAAAUAUAGCUUCAAUUGAGCUAUAGAGAAUCUCAUCCUGACUGAUUCUUUGGUCGGGUCCAGCGGAAACAGCGUCUAUUUAAAAAUGACAAUGACUUUCACAGUGACUGUUUUUACAAAUGAAACUGUAAGGGGUUUUUAUUUGGUGUGGGCUCUACGUUCGCUGUAUAUAUCUGACAGAAGAUUAGAUUUAGAUGUUUUAUUUUAAAAGUGGUUGUAACUAGCGUUGCAAAGGGGCGGAAAGUUCAUUAGGGUAGAAAUUGCAUUAAAUCUUGUUUAUACAAAAUUGUGCUGCAGGAUUUUUUUUUAACUACAUUUAAGUUCUCUGUUAUAGGCAAAUCUGAAAUUUCCCAUAUAUUCCCAGUAAAUUUCCAUGGAAAGUUUCUAUGAAUUUUGCAACCCUAUGUGGAACAGCCAGGUCUAUAGUGCCGGUGUGAUAUUGAAUGUAUAAAGGUCAUUAGAAAUGGAGAUGUAAUCCUCUUUUAACGUUACUGAUCAAGACCUGACUGACAUUCUCUCUCUGUUAUUAUUAUUAUAUUGUGUCAGCAGCACACGCUUGAUCUUUUAGUCUCGCUUUUCUCAUAAAGUUUAAUGUACAUUUGCUGAUAAAGGUGUAGCCUGUUAAACUCUCUGCUUUGCUCCAUAACUGUGCGUUGUUUGUUGAUGAUGAAUUCAGUAAUGUUUUAUAUUGAGUACACAACAGUAAAGAAUGAAGGGAAAUCUCCUGUAUGGCCACAGUUGCAUGAAGAUUAAUAAUAACACGAGCACAACUGAGAGAAAAAUCACUAUGACUGUUGUGUGUUGUAUUUUUAUGUGCAGUUGUCAUGAUGUUAAAGCUCAAUGCGUUUUUAUUUCCAUUUGCAGCCGGUGACUUCUUUUUCAAGGGCGCACGAUGCAAAGCUCAUCACAACAUGUAUUUAUCCCAUCAUGUCAAAAUAUGUGUUCGUCACAUCAUGUGAAGCUAUGUGCAUCAUGUCAAAAUACAUGCCUGCUGCUACAGAUGCUUUGAAGGGGUUUAUGAUAAAAAGAGACGCUCACGUUUGCCAGUUACUCACUUAAUCUAAUGUGUAAUCAGAGUUUAGGGUCAAGUUAGUGUUUUGUGUCUCUUUUAUCAUAAACUCGUAUGCAGCAGGCACUUAUUUUGAAUUCACGCUCCUGUAAGAAAAGUCACCGGCCGCCAGUCUUUAUUCUUCACCACGUGUGCCUUUCUCAUUUCCGUUUAUUUGCUCUCAACUGAUAAACAAUUCAAACUGAUUUCUGUACAAUAUUCAUUUAUUUUCCUUUGAUCGUCAUUACUAUCGACUAUUUAUGAGUUAAUCCAGACUUAAAUGUUUGAGUAAACCUGUGUCAGAUUAAACAACUUUAUUGUGCCUCUUAUGUACACUUUUGUACAAUUAAUCGAGCUGUAAUAAUAAAUGAUACACGUUUAAUGAUUUGAA